CGGUUUCUUCCGCCAUUAACACACCCAAUAUGUGCUAGUAAUGUCCUGUUUGCCAGCUUGUUGACCCUCUGUGUUCCCCUCCUGCAGGGUUUAGGAGCCGUUGCUGUGGACGGAGAGACGGGGACGUGAGCGGCCAUUGAGGGCGGCCAGGGUGCCGGUGAGCCCCCCAUCUGCUUGGUGUGCGGGCUGAGCUUCGAGGGGCUGAGCUUCGAUGGAGGACCACAUGACGGGGCACAACAAGGAGAAGCGUUAUGAGUGCGACGUGUGUGGCAAGGCCUGGCAGAGCCCGAGCAAGCUGGAGAUCCACCGGCGGGUGCACACGGGAGAACGCCCCUUCAACUGCUCAGAGUGCGGCAAGAAAUUCACCUGCUCCAGCAACCUGCUGCAGCACAACCGCGUGCACUCCGGCGAGAGGCCCUUCACCUGCUCCGACUGCAGCAAGAGCUUCACACGCUACAGCCGCCUGCUGCACCACAUCCGAAUGCACUCUGGCGAGAGGCCCUUCACCUGCUCCGACUGUGGCAAGAGCUUCAAGACAGCGAAUGACCUGAAGAUCCACUGGCGGGUGCAUACCGGUGAGAAGCCCUAUGACUGCUCCACCUGUGGCAAGAGCUUUGCCCGGUUGUGGGGGCUGCGGGAGCACCGGCGGGUGCACAGCAGUGAGCGGCCGUUUACCUGCUCCGACUGCGGCAAAGGCUUCAAGUCGUCGCCGGACCUGAAGGUGCACAGACGCCUGCACACCGGGGAGCAUCCCUACACCUGCAGCGACUGCGGCAAGGGCUUCACCCGCCUCAGCACCCUGCUGGCGCACCAGCGCACCCACACCGGCGAGCGGCCAUUCACCUGCACCCAGUGCGGCAAGAGCUUCACCCACUCCACCAGGCUGUUGGAGCACCAGCGCACCCACACCGGCGAGCGUCCCUUCACCUGCGCCCAGUGCGGCAAGGGCUUCACCCAGUCCAGUCACCUGCUGUUCCACCAGCGCACCCACACUGGCGAGCGCCCCUACACCUGCGCCCAGUGCAGCAAGGGCUUCACCCAGCCCAGUCACCUGCUGUCGCACCAGCGCACCCACACCGGCGAGCGCCCCUACACCUGCAGCGACUGCGGCAAAGGUUUCACCUGCUCCACCAAGCUGCUGUACCACCAGCGGGGGCACGCCGGUGAGCGGCUGUUCCCACUGUGACAAGAACGCAUGGGGGCUGAGGGAGCACCAGCGGAUACACACCGGAGAGAGACCCUUUGUGUGUGAUGAGUGUGGAAAGGGUUUCAUCCGCAUGACCAGCCUGUGGCAGCACUGGUGUGCCCACAGUGGUAAGCGUCCCUUACCCUACCCUACCUGUUCAUUCUCUCCAGAGAUGCUGUCUGACCCGCUGAGUGACUCCAGCAUUUUGUGUCCUUUUUUGCAAACCAGGAUCUACAGUUCCCUGUUUUUAAACAUAGAAACAUAGAGAGGUGCAUAAGAAGGCCAUUCGGCCCUUCGAGCCAGCACCGCCAUUCAUUGUGAUCGUGGAUGAUUGUCCCCAAUCAAUAACCCGUACCUGUCUUCUCCCCAUAUCCCUUGACUCCACUAGCCCCCAGAGCUCUAUCUAACUCUCUCUUAAAUCCAUCCGCUGUGGCAUGGAAUUCCACAAAUUCACAACUCUCUGGGUGAAAAGGUUUUUUCUCACCUUAGUCUUAAAAGGCCUCCCCUUUAUUCUAAGACUGUGGCCUCUGGUUCUGAACUUGCCCAACAUUGGGAACAUUUUUCCUGUACCUAGCUUGUCCAGUCCUUUUAUAAUUUUAUAUGUUUCUAUAAGACCCCCCCCAUCCUUCUAGACUGCAGUGAAUACAAGCCUAGUCGUUUCAAUCUUUCCCCAUAUGACAGUCCCACCAUCCCAGGAUCAAUCUCGUGAACCUACGCUGCACUGCUUCAAUCACAAUGAUGUCCUUCCUCAAAUUAGGAGACCAAAACUGUACACAAUGCUCCAGAUGUGGUCUCACCAGAGCCCUAUACAACUGCAGAACUUCUUUAAUCCUAUACUGAACUCCUCUUGUUAUGAAGGCCAACAUUCCAUUAGCUUCCAUGCUGAGAGAAUGGAGCAGCUGGGCUUGUACACUCUGGAGUUUAGAAGGAUGAGAGGGCAUCUCAUUGUAACAUAUAAGAUUGUUAAGGGUUUGGACACGCUAGAGGCAGGAAACAUGUUCCCGAGGUUGGGGGAGUCCAGAACCAGGGGCCACAGUUUAAGAAUAAGGAGUAAGCCUUUAGAAUGGAGACGAGGAAACACUUUUUCUCACAGAUUGUUGUGAGUCUGUGGAAUUCUCCACCUCAGAGGGCGGUGGAGGCAGGUUCUCUGGAUGCUUUCAAGAGAGAGCUAGAUAGGACUUAAAAAUAGCGGAGUCGGGGGAUAUGGGGAGAAGGCAGGAACGGGGUACUGAUUGGGGAUGAUCAGCCAUGAUCACAUUGAAUGACGGUGCUGGCUCGAAGGGCCAAAUGGCCUUCUCCUGCACCUAUUGUCUAUUGUCUUUCUUCACUGUCUGCUGUACCUGCACGCCAACUUUCAGUGACAUUGCUGCCUCGCCGGAGCCACCGACCCUCGCUGCCUUCCCGUUUAUCUGCUGAGCGGCACCUCCUACGCUUCACCCGUGUGCCAUUCCACUCCCCGCGGGCCUCGACCAAUGACUCUGCAGCUCUGGCCACUCCACCGCUCACCUGUGGGCCGCAGCCGUCUCCUUACCAGAGUCCUUGGCUCAACACCGGGCCUGGAGUCUCCACGCAGCAGAUUCUCACACCACGUGUCUGACUGUGCGUGGUCUUAAUGCUCCCCCUCCUCCAAUAGGGAACCUCAAUAUACAUCAGACAGUAGCUGCAGGAGUAGGCCAUUCGGCCCUUGGAGCCAGCACCGCCAUUCAAUGUGAUUGUGGCUUGUUAUCUACAAUCAGUACCCUUACCACCAGGGUCACUUACGAUGGCAGCUCCACCGGCAGUCUGUUCUUUCUUUCAUCUUUUUUUAAUUUUUAGUGUUUGUUAAAAGUUUGUUUUAAUGUUCUCCGGUUUGGCUAAUGUGGGGGGAGGAGGGGAUCGGGGAAAACCUUUUUUCAAGUUCUUACUGAUUUUCGCAUCGCAUUCUCCGGACGCUCUGCGGCUUUCCAUGGGUGGAGCUGGAGGCCUCCUCGGCCUUCCAUGGGUGGAGCUGGAGGCCUCCUCGGACUGUCGUGAGCCCCAUCGGACUUAACAUUGAAGCUGAUCCCGUGCCUGGGAUCGCAACCACCGUGGAAUCAACAUCAAGGGCUCACAGUCUCGGGUGAGGCCGAGUCGGGAAGGUCCAACGUUGCGGAAGGUUUGACCAGCCCCGACGCGAGGUUGGAUUGCGCGGCGUGGUGAGCUGACAUACCCCCGAUGCAGGAGCUUGUUCGCCUCGACGUGGAGGGCCAAAAUGCUGCCGGCUACGGGAGUCAAGGUCGUGCCCUCAACGGAGGGCUCGAGGCUCCCGACCGUGGAAGAACAAAGGGAUGAGACUUGAACUUUAUUUUGCCUUCCAUCACAGUGAGGAUUUGGGAGGAGCCACCAUGGUGGAUGUUCAUGUUAAAAUGUGUUUUGGGUGAUCUGUUACUUUUUAUUUGUAUGACUGACUUGUUGCAAAACAGACUUGGCAAAUAAAGUACUAUUCUGAUUCCGAUUCUGAUUCUGAUUUCCAUUACUCCCCCAA